AUGCAAAAGCCACCUGCACCGACAGAUAAGGCAGCCGAGGGCAAGCCAUCCAGUGAAACCAAGAAGACUGCGGAUGCCGAAGCCAAAGACGCCGAGGAGUCUGCUGUCAUGAAGGCCGAAAAGGCGGAAGAGGAGCGGCUGGCCAAGGAGAUUGCUGCUUCCGAAGCCAAGAAGGCUGAGGAAGAGCGACUGGCAAAAGAGGCUGCUGCCGCAGCAGCAUUGGCCAAGAAGGCGGAAGAGGAAGAGCAGCUGGCCAAGGAGAUUGCUGCUUCCGAAGCCAAGAAGGCUGAGGAAGAGCGACUGGCAAAAGAGGCUGCUGCCGCAGCAGCAUUGGCCAAGAAGGCGGAAGAGGAGAGGCUGGCCAAGGAGAUUGCUGCUUCCGAAGCUAAGAAGGCUGAGGAAGAGCGACUAACAAAAGAAGCUGCUGCCGCAGCAGCAUUGGCCAAGAAGGCGGAAGAGGAGGAGCAGCUGGCCAAGGAGAUUGCUGCUUCCGAAGCCAAGAAGGCUGAGGAAGAGCGACUGGCAAAAGAGGCUGCUGCCGCAGCAGCAUUGGCCAAGAAGGCGGAAGAGGAGAAGCAGCUGGCCAAGGAGAUUGCUGCUUCCGAAGCCAAGAAGGCUGAGGAAGAGCGACUGGCAAAAGAAGCUGCUGCCGCAGCAGCAUUGGCCAAGAAGGCGGAAGAGGAGGAGCAGCUGGCCAAGGAGAUUGCUGCUUCCGAAGCCAAGAAGGCUGAGGAAGAGCGACUGGCAAAAGAGGCUAUUGUCGCAGCAGCAUUGGCCAAGAAGGCGGAAGAGGAGCGGAGGGCCAAGGAGAUUGCUGCUUCCGAAGCCAAGAUGGCUGAGGAAGAGCGACUAACAAAAGAAGCUGCUGCCGCUGCGGCCGAAGCCAAAAAGCUAGAGGAGGUGCGAAUGGGGAAGGAAGUUGCCGCGGCAGAAGCCAACAAAGGAUCUGCAGUUGCAGCGGCCGCUGUUGCCGUUGCUGACGCUAGUAAGAAUGCAGAGGAGCAACUAGCUAAAGACACUGCUGCUGGUAAGGAGGGGCGGAGGGCCAAAGAAGUCGCCGCUACUGCUGAAGCUAAAGUGGCAAUUGUGGAUGGACAGCCGACCCAGGAGGCUUCCGUUAAGCUUGAUCCGUUGAAAGUGUCAAGCACGACCCGGCCUCGUGUCUCGCAAGCCGACAAAGGAUACCCGAGACGUGCAUCACAGCCAGCAUCAGCCAUGAGCAAAGAUGUCUCAGCGGUGGCAGUGAGCGCAAGCGUCAGACCCGAGGCACUCGAGGGUUUCGUGCAACGAAGUUACUUUCCUUCCUAA